AUAUGGGUGGAUGUUUGGAUGAUUUAAGUAGACGUCCGUUCGAUUACCGAAGAGGAUGGAAAUACGUUCGCAUUGAAGUCAUGAGAGACCUGCCUAUUGGACUACUUGUAUCUUAGCACUGUAUGAGGUGUACUACAACGUAGGUCAGAUGCCGUCAUAGCCACGUAAAGUCAAGUUAUUCUGUUAUGCGAAAGGGAGAAAGGCGCACUUGGAAGAGAGAGGCAGCUGAUCCGACAUCCGAAGAAACCUAUAAGCGACGUGGAUGUAAAGAAUACGAGAAAUGCUUCUAUUUGACUCACCGAUUUCUUGGCGAAGUGUGUAUUUUAUGCCGGUAAAUUGUUUUUGUCAUCUAUGAAAUUGUAGUCGAAGGGCAUAUGUCUCGGAGCCGCUUUUUACACCCACAGGAGAUCUGAGAUUUGUUGACCGGACAGCGCGGCGUAGCAUCAUCAACUGAGAGGUUCUCGACGCCUCCACCUCUGCCAUUCUAUCUCCACCAUGCUGCCCAGUUUGCAGAGAGUCAUACGGCCCGCCCUCAUCCUGAGGUCGGGGACCAUGUUGGGGAGAGCCCACAGCAGCAGCCAAGCUCCGCUCCGCCAGCCUGUACCGAUGCUGCCCGGUCAGCAGUGCUGUAACUUGGGCACACACCCUCACAAGGACCCGAUGGAGCCCUUGAACUCGCCGCAAGGAGCAAAGGAUUUUAUUUAUAGUCUUCAUCCCACGGAACGCACAAUCUUGCUCAGAGAACUACACCGGUUCGAGUCGAUAGCAAUAGCCCAAGGGGAGAUGGAGAUCGCUCCUCCCACAUCGGCCCAGCUGAGAUACGUUCUUCUGCACAACGCCAUUCCCUUCGUUGGGUUUGGUUUCUUGGACAAUGCCAUCAUGAUUGUAGCUGGCACACAGAUAGAGUUGUCUAUAGGAGUGAUUCUGGGCAUUUCAACCAUGGCAGCUGCUGCCCUGGGAAACUUGGUAUCGGACCUGGCUGGACUCGGCCUUGCAGGUUACGUGGAAGCUCUAGCCUGCCGUUUUGGGAUGGUGGUUCCAGACCUGAAUCCCAAGCAGGCUGACAUGUGGCAGACCAGACUCAGUACUCACAGUGGUAAAGCCAUUGGGGUGGCCAUCGGAUGCAUCCUGGGGAUGUUCCCUCUGCUCUUCUUCAAGGAUGAGAAGGGAAAGAAAGAGGGCGGGGUGAGAGAGGUGAAAGACCAAUCACCUUCCACCUCUGCUGACAGCGGCGGCAGCAGCAAAUGAACGACGGGAACAUGACAGGAAAGACUUACCUCUGGAAGUGACGGGGGUGAUUCUUCAUUGGACUUCUUCACAACCCGACUAUCACAUUCAUAAAUAACUGAAAUCGGUUUCUCCUGACAGACUGACCUCCCUAGGUGAAAUGUAUUGCUAGCACAACCGUGUACUUUUUGGCAUGACUACCAUCAGUGAUGUCAGAGUUAUGCAUUGUAAAUCCCCCCCACCCCCCACAACUCUCAAAAAGUGCUACGAAGAAUGGCAACAUCAUUCAAGUGGACCAACACAUUCUUUCAUUCGGGCUCGCUGCUCCUUCGUCUUAGGCUUUAGGUCGUUUUUUUUUCCUUCCAACUUUUCUUGUAGAGUUAGCAUCACUUAUGUCUCAAGGGGGAGUAAGUAAAAAAAAUUAUGUCAACUUUUCUUUCUUCCUGUCCAUUACGUCUGUGGAGAGGGCAAGCCCUGCUCUGGUAGUUAGAUAACGAACUCAUUAAAAAGAUUCAAAAUUCAGGGGUUGUACUUCUCCAUUGAAAUAGGAAAUAUGCCUAUGACUUUUAACAGUAACUUUUUAGUGUAAUUAUACCUCAAUUAUCUCCUGUUCUUCUAUUGCUUACAUCAUGUCACAACAACCAUCUAUUCAUUACUUUUGUUUUAAAGGAUUUUUUCCCCUUUGAGUUUGAUAUCUGGAAUUCGGCUUUAGUCUAGGGACUUCAUUCUAGAAAUCCUGGUUGUAAGGUAUGAACCAGAAUUGUGCAACCCUCUACUAAAGUUAGAGUAGUCAAGUCAACCAGAUCAUAUUUGGAAGGAAGGUUUAGUCUGUAUAUAGGUGGAGUUCUAUGUUCUAACAGAUCAUGAAUGACACUAAACUUGGGGUCCCUGGUUUAAAUAAGUAAUCAGUGGGGAGGAGUGAAUCAGUGGAACUGCCUCUGAGGUCCAGAUAUUAAGUUAAUUGGUUAUGGAGGAUACCAGUUGUUUUAUGGAGUGCUGGUCCCUGCCUCUACCACCAGUGGGUGUUGUGGAGCCCACUGUGAUCAAAUUCAAAAGAAAUUCAGAAAUUCCCAUUGAAGUAUUCCCUGGCUGUACUGCUUAUUCCCUACUGAUUCUGGGAAAUAUUCACUAGUGGUUACUGAAACAACCCAAGAGGGAGUAUGUAACACUAUGAACCGGGUCAUGUAUGUCAUUGUCCCACCUCAUGGAUGACUCUAUGAACCAGCUCAUGGAUGACUCUAUGAACCAGCUCAUGGAUGACUCUAUGAACCAGCUCAUGGAUGACUCUUGUGAACCAGCUCAUGGAUGACUCUAUGAACGAGCUCAUGGAUGACUCUAUGAACCAGCUCAUGGAUGACUCUUAUGAACCAGCUCAUGGAUGACUCUUAUGAACCAGCUCAUGGAUGACUCUAUGAACCAGCUCAUGGAUGACUCUAUGAACCAGCUCAUGGAUGACUCUAUGAACCAGCUCAUGGAUGACUCUUAUGAACCAGCUCAUGGAUGACUAUGUCCAAGGUCAUGUUGACACUUCGUACUUUGUGAGAGUAAACAUACAUGUCUUAACAUACACAUGAUUAUUUUUUAUCUCUUGUCUAUGUAAGCAACCGUUUUUGAUAAGGAAGUUUGCUUCCAGCUACUCAAACUUGAUUAGCAACAGACACACCCGCGAUAACGACCCUUCUAGUCCCGCCUUGUAUGUCAUUGUUUUAUCUAAUCUUUUCUUAAUUUAUUUUGAUGAGUUUCAAUGUUGUCCGGCCUGGUUGUAGGGUUUUGCAGUGGGGUAUUUUAACGCUACAGUGGGAACCCAUGCCCAGGCAGACAGGCUUUGCCCAGACUACCAGACUAUCCACUCUGAACUCCACCAGCACAUCAACUGCCCUUCCAUCUAUGGCAUUCAAAUGACACCCCAAUUCCCUGUAUGUUGGCACUGCGUUUCACUAGGGCUCUUCUUGGUCCUGGUCCAAAGAAGGGCACCGAAGAGGGAAUCAGUUGUGAAUUGAAACACACUCUGUCUUUUCAAACUGAUUAUAUUGAUGUGGGUUGUUUAUUCACACUGAGGCACCCGUACAGAGAAUGCGCUCUGUGCCGAGAUUGCUCUAUUUAUCUCCCUCUCUGCCAUCCUUGUUGUGUUUCUCUAGCCCCAUUCAUUCCCUGUUCUGACAGGCUUUCCACAGCCCGAUUUUGGCCAUUUGCACACAAAAGAUCUGAUCACAAUUGGAGCAUAAUAUGUUUUUUUUAAUCCUCUAUAGCUUUUUAAACAUAUGGGCACAAUUAGAAUGUGUACAAGAUUUUUGCAAAGGAGGCGGGCUCAUUUAUUUACCCAGAUUAUCGUUCCCUGCUCUCUCUCGUGCCCUGUUUCUCUCUUCUUUUGGGACAUAUUGUUUGAGAGGUACAGCGAGCGAGAUGGAGCCGCUAUGAGAAUUUUAUGUAAUUGAAUUUCCAUUACUCUCUUACAGGGCAGAAAUAACGUUCGUUUUUUUACUGAACCCCAGACAGAGUUGAGAGAGAAUGGGAUAAAGAAGAGAAAAAGAGAGGGAGAGACAUUGAGAGAGAGAGAA